CAACACCCUGGCUCAUCAGGCCUUUUAAAGUGUCGGCCUUUGGGACAUCGACCAUCCAUCCUCAUGAGGUGAAGCACGAGCGCAAAAAGCCCAACGACGAUUCAGAUCGAUGCCACUGCCGCCGCCGCACACAGAUUCAUCUGUAGUUCCUUUCGACAUCGACCAUGAUUGAUGCUGACCAGUGGGCUCGCUUUGUAAGAGCAGUGUCGAGACUUCUUGGAUGGGUCUAUACGUUGUCUUGGAGCGCUUCAUUCUAUCCUCAACCGUGGCUGAACUGGAAGCGCCGGUCUACUCAAGGCCUUGCCAUUGACUUUCCGCUUCUCAACGUCCUCGGGUUUGUAUGCUACAGCGCAUCAACUUGCUCUUUCCUAUAUUCACCAACAAUUCGAAAACAAUAUGCAGUGAGGCACCCGGCAUCGCCAGAGCCGACCGUUCAACCGAACGAUGUUGCCUUUGGCCUGCAUGCGGUCGUGCUCGUCAUCUUGACGUACUCGCAAUUCUUCUCACGGCUAUGGGGCUUUCGAGAGUCAGCUCAUCAGCGAGCCAGUCGCCCGGUUUUGGCAAUCGUUUGGGGGAGCCUUCUUGCUGUUGCUGGCACGUUUGUACUGGUGACUUUUCGCUCAGGGUUGAGGGACCAAGAUCCAAUGGACUGGGCUUGGAUAGAUGUGCUGUACACUUUGGGAUACGUCAAGCUCGUAUGCACCUUUGUUAAGUACAUCCCGCAGGCUUUCUUCAAUUAUAAGCGCCAAUCGACCGAAGGUUGGAGCAUAUUGCAGAUCUUGUUCGAUCUUACCGGAGGGGUGCUGUCCAUUGCGCAGCUGGUACUCGAUGCGAGCUUCGGCGGUGACUGGAGUGGAAUUACUGGGAAUCCUCUGAAGCUUGGGCUCGCGAACAUUAGCAUGGGGUUCGACCUGCUCUUCAUCCUGCAACACUAUAUUCUGUACCGGGGACGCAAGGAGAUGUGCAAGAGCUCAGACGACGAAAACGACCCAGAACGGCCAUUACUCAGUCGUUGACUGCACAAUCCAGACAUAUCGGGAGUCUCCCUGACCAGGCCGUUUUCGUGUGCUUCGAGUAACGAGUCAGAAUACGGGAGCACCCAGUCCCAGAAGCUCUUCACAGCGGACCGGGUGGUGAACAAGAUAUCCUCGAGUCGAGAAGGACAAUCGCUUCCAGCUCAGACGCCAACGAGUUUUGGCAUAGGGCUCGCAUGGGUUUCUUAAUUUGCACUUUCUGUUUGAGCGGCUUACCGCCCGAUCUGGACCAACGCAGGUGCGGGCUGUGCUGAGGAUGGGUCGCCGGCUCCUCGCUAAGCCACGCCUUUAGCGACGGUUCAGCAGGACUCGUUCAGCGACAUCCAGCGGUCCGCUCAUUCCUCACAGAGGGGAUAGGUUGUGGAAAUCCGGAAUCGGGACAAGGAGAAGCAUCGAAUCGGUGAGCACGAGUUCACGGUGGAGUCAGCCCCGACGACCUCGAUGUGCCCAAAACAGGUAGCUGGACCUGUCGCUGCUGUUCGUCACGCUUUGGAUCACAUAGACGUCACAAUAGAGCGCAAUAAUAGAUUACACGCGAGGGUUGGCAAUGUUGUCCGUACUCCGUAUCCUAC